AUGGCAACUCUCACUGAACACCCGAUGCAGCAGCCAUCUACUUACGAUCAGGAUCUCGACUCUUUCAUCAACUUCGAUCAACUCACCUAUACAUCCGACCCUUCUCGCUCUAAGAUCGCCAUGACCAGUCAACCCUCGGUCGCAAGUACUGAGUUCAGCACCAGCGACGCCCGCAGUGCCAGUUUCGCUUCAAGUGGCCAGUCUCCCCUCGCUUUCCAGGCUCCUAGUCAUCAAUACGACGAGCACAGACAACAAACCGGUCUGCCACCUGGUGCUUUGUCUAUGAGUUACAGCCAGGUCCCCAUGGGCUUCAACAAUACCCAAGGAUUCCCCGUCAACGCUGAAAUGUAUGCUGGUCAUCACAUGAAGCGGGAGGAUGCCCCAUUUGAUUUCAACACUGCACCGGGCCGGAACCCGUCAGAGAUGGAGAUUGAGCCCGAAAACAUGAACGCAUCACCAUACUUCUACCCGGCCAACCCCGGGAACAAGAGCCAAUACGUUGACCCCAAUGCCCUUGGAGGUCAAGAAUUGGCUCAGGCUGGUCCCUCCACCCAGGUCGGUCGCAUGUACCCUGGUAUGCAUCAGCAGCAGGCUGCGAUGGCCAAGGCCCAGCAACAGAAGCAAAGUGAUAUCGCCCGCCACCAGAUGCAGCAGCGCCCCGAACAAGCGACCGCUAUGCUCCAAACUCGCGGUCCCCGCAACCCCGACCCCGUGGUUGAGGAGCGCAUCUCCCGUCUGCUCCAGCAGAUGCGCCAGAACGCCAUGGCCAAUGGAGAGGGUUCCCCGACUCCCUCCCACGGCAUGCCUCAGAUGGCCAAGGCCCGCAAGGACGAGGCCGACAUGGAUGAGGAUGAGCGCCUCCUUGCUAGCGAGGAAGGCAAGAAGCUCAGCAGUAAGGAACGCCGUCAGCUGCGCAACAAGGUCUCCGCUCGCGCCUUCCGAUCUCGUCGCAAGGAAUACAUCGGCCAGCUCGAGAGUGAGGUCGCCGCCCGCACCAACGAGGCACACGAAGUCCGCCUCCAGAACCGUGCUCUCUACGAGGAGAAUGCCCGCCUGAACGACUUGGCUCGCAUGCUUCUCGGAUCUCCCCACUUCUCCAACUUCUUGAACGAGAUGGAGGGUCCCCAGCAGCAGCAGCCCCAGCAACAGCCCCAGCCCCAGCAGCAACAGGCUCAGCCUACCAUGCAGGCUAUGCCCAAGGAGAACAAUGCCAACCGUGCCCAGGAGUUCCAGAUGCAGCAGAAUCCCCAGCCCAACAUGGUCAUGAUGCCUAACCAGAGUAUGGACCCCAAUAUGGCCAUGAACAACGCUGGCUGGAACUCCGGCAUUGACAUGAGCUUCGGCAAUGCCUCCGUCUUUGCUGUCAUGGAAGUUCCCGAGGGACCCGCCUAUGAUGCUGAGGUCCUUUCCGGAAAGUCAUCUUCUUUCAGCAUCCCCGAGAGCUCCAAGAACGAGGCUCCCAUCGUUGAUACCCCUACCACUGACUCCUACCGUCAGUCUGACAUCGGUGUCGCUAAUCCCGAUGUCGAGCUUGACGAGUCCGACCCUGCCUUUGCUCUCUUUGUUGACUCUCCCGCGCCUACUUCAUGCGAUGCCGAGUUUACCUUUGAGGGUAUCCCCAGCAAGAAAGCCUCUCAGUACGAGCUCGUCGUCGACAACUCCAAAGUCAGCGACUCAGCCAAGAGCACCUUCAACGCCCUCUGCCAGAGCAUCGAUGCCGCUUUCGAGCGUGUAUCAGCUGUUACGUCCCACCUUCAGUGA